AUGAGAAGACGACGCAAUCUGUUGAGGAGCAAAUCCGACCACACUGCUAGAGAAGCCGUUCAUCUCCUGAAAGAUUCUGGAUUCACUGAAAACAAGCUUAAGAAUACCAUUCUUAGAAACCCAUCUAUUCUUACACUGAGAGUGGAUAGCCAGUUGAAGCCCAAGAUGGAAUUCCUGAAAAAACUGGGUUUGACUACCCCAGAUAUAGUCCUUAUUAUAUUUAGGAGACCCAGGUUGCUUACCAUGAGCUUAGAAAAUUGCCUUGUCCCUAGAAUCGUCCAUCUGGAAACCCUAUUUGGCUCAGAGGUCCAUUUAUGCAAGGCUUUGAGAAGGGCGCCUUUGCUUUUGGACUGUGAUUUCAAGAAGCAGGUGAUACCUAGAGUGGAGUACUUGAAGAAUAAUAUAGGCAUUCUAAAAGAUUCCGUAGGAUUUGCGCGAGCCCUGAAUGCGGUUCUUAAUCAUAGUUUUGAAACCCUGGAAAAGAAAACUAAACAUAUGGCGAGUCUUGGUCUAGCAGAGGAGGACAUCAGUCAAAUUAUUAAAAGACAACCUGGAGCACUUCGUCAUUCAACCCAAAAAAUGAAGGAAAACAUUGAUUUUUUGAUACGCACAACAGGUCUUGAGCCCAAGAUUGUUGCCUCGAAUGCUGUGAUUUUGAGUUUCAGCGUAGAGAAACAAACCCCGCUUUGA